ACGCAUACCGUGCGCGGCCGCGAUCGUCAGCGCGCGACCUUCAUGGCUGUCAAGCGACGUCGAGCUGCUGCUGCCGCUUCUCCCGAUCUAUUUUCUGGAUUUUUAUCCGUCGCGCUCUGUUCCAGCAACGGUCCAUCCCCGAUCCACCUAUGUAGCUAAUAAAUUGUGCGUGCUAGCGAGGACGAACGCGAUCGAGAGUGCGUGUGCGGGUGCAAACCGCGGCGGCCAUGUUCACGGGCACCGUCCGAGUGAAAAUAUGCGAGGCCCAAGGCCUGCGGCCCACCGACUGCUCCAAGAGGCACGCUUUCGGCAAGGCGGACGAACAGCUGCUCGAUCCGUACGUGACCAUCGAUGUGGACGAUGCCCAGUUCGCCCAAAGUACCACCAAACCGAAAACAUUCGACCCCGUAUGGAACGAAGUGUUCGAGCACAGCGCGGAAAAUGGCAAAACGCUCACGCUCACCGUGUUCCACGACGCGGCAAUUCCUCCCGAUGUUUUCGUCGCUAAUUGUACGAUUCCGUUCGAGGAGUUACUAGCCAGGGAAAAGGAUGAAACCGAUUUCUGGGUUAACUUAGAGCCUAAAGGACGUCUGCAUGUAAAAAUAGAUUUGAAACAUACAUCAAAGGAAUAUGGGGUUAAACCAAGGGAAUUCAAGGAGCGCCAGGGCUUCAACAGGCGUCGCGGCGCUAUGCGUCGGCGCGUCCACCAAGUUAACGGACACAAAUUCAUGGCCACCUUUUUAAGACAGCCCACCUUCUGUUCACACUGCAAAGAGUUUAUUUGGGGUUUGGGCAAGCAAGGCUAUCAAUGUCAAGUCUGCACCUGCGUUGUUCAUAAAAGAUGUCAUCGACUAGUACUGACAAAAUGUCCAGGCAUGAAAGAAGAGCCUACCAUACAAGGUACGGGGUUCAACGUGAACAUCCCUCACCGGUUCGUCGUUCACAACUACAAGCGGUUCACGUUCUGCGAUCACUGCGGCUCACUGCUCUACGGACUGAUCAAGCAGGGCCUGCAGUGCGAGGCGUGCUCCCUGAACGUGCACAAACGAUGCCAGAAGAACGUUGCCAACAACUGCGGCAUCAACACAAAACAAAUGGCCGAAAUAUUGACAGCUAUAGGUAAAGAUGAGCCUUUGUCUGUGCCUGUUGUGCUUGGAGUAUCACCUGACAGUAAAACACCAAUUCGGAGAAGUAAGGUGUUGGUACCGGGUUCCGGCAAUGGAGGACCUUCAGAUGGUGGUGAAAAUUCGGGGUCUGGAAAUGAACCCAGUAUAGAUGAAAAUUUGUCAAAAUUGAUGGAAGAAAAGUUGCCAAAUAGUGAAGGAGAAUCACAAGACAAAUCCUCCAACGGCAAGAACUCCAUCGGCCUGGCCGACUUCCACUUCAUCAAGGUCCUGGGCAAGGGCAGCUUCGGCAAGGUGAUGCUCGCCGAGAAGAAGGGCUCGCCCGACGAGGUCUACGCCGUCAAAGUCUUGAAGAAGGACGUGAUCAUCCAGGACGAUGACGUCGACUGCACCAUGACAGAGAAGCGGAUCUUGACGCUGGCCGCCAAGCACCCGUUCCUCACUGCCCUGCAUUCUUGCUUCCAGACAAAGGACAGGCUGUUCUUCGUUAUGGAGUAUGUUAAUGGAGGAGAUUUGAUGUUCCAGAUUCAGCGGGCUAAGAAGUUUGAUGAACCCAGGGCUAGAUUCUACGCUGCCGAAGUAACGUUGGCACUACAGUUUUUGCACAGGAACGGCGUUGUAUAUAGAGAUUUGAAGCUGGACAACAUUCUCUUAGACGCUGAAGGCCACUGCAAACUGGCCGACUUCGGCAUGUGCAAGGAAGGCAUCUUUGAUGGUGUCACUACCACAACUUUCUGUGGCACUCCUGACUAUAUUGCCCCAGAAAUUUUACAGGAGUUGGAGUAUGGCGCAAGCGUAGACUGGUGGGCACUAGGUGUACUAAUGUAUGAAAUGAUGGCAGGACAGCCUCCUUUUGAGGCAGAUAAUGAGGAUGAUUUGUUUGAGUCCAUUUUACACGACGAUGUAUUGUACCCAGUAUGGCUUAGCAAGGAAGCAGUUCACAUUUUAAAAGGGUUCAUGACAAAGAACCCGAACAGACGCUUAGGUUGCCAGGUGAACCAGGGUUGCGAGGCUGCCAUUUUGAUGCAUGCUUUCUUCAGAGAAAUUGACUGGAACGCGUUAGAAACUAGGAAAGUUAAACCACCGUUUAGGCCAAGAAUUCGAAGCCGCAAAGACGUGGCCAAUUUCGACGCGGAAUUCACCAGGGAAGAGCCUACGCUCACCCCCGUCAGCAACGAGGUGCUCCAGUCCAUCAACCAGGAAGAAUUCCGCGGUUUUUCCAUAGUCAACCGCGACUUCAGCCCCUCGCGGAUGGCUACAGAAUAAACGUCAACACCAUCGUUUGACAGCUGUCACUAAAUUCGAUCCUUCAACAGCUUUGGUUCCUUCGCAGUUUUUUGAAUCUGUGGCGGGCCUCGAAGCUUUGUUUUUGACGUUCACCUACCAGAGGGCGCGCAUGUCGCUGCGGAAGGACGUGUUACUUUGGUUUAUGUUUAAGUAAGAGGUUGAGGAGUUGUUGUGGUUUGAUGAUUUUUUUACUGGUUUUUUCUUAUUGCAUUUAUGUAUUUUGUUUAAAUGA